CCCUCCACUCUCGCGCCAGCCUGGCGGCGGGCGGCUGUGACCUGCAGCACCCGGCGCUCGAGGUGGAGCUCACAAGCGACCGACGCAGUGGGCAGUGCACACCGGCCACGCCUCCGGCGGCUCCAAGUCAUCAUGGCAGCCACUGAGAUCUCUGUCCUUUCUGAGCAAUUCACCAAAAUCAAGGAACUCGAGUUAAUGCCGGAAAAAGGCCUGCAGGAGGAGGAAGAAGACGGAGUGUACAGAGAGAAAGACCAUUGGAGUCCUAGUGAGUUGGAGGCUGAGUGUACCUCUGGGGCCGAAGAGCUGGAGCUGGUGCCCGCCUUCUCGGAGGAGACUGAGAAGCACAUCCUGACCCUGCAGACGGCGCCCUUCACUUCUGAAGCUUUCAAGUUGCAGGAUUUGAGCUUGCUGAGCGUACAGCAGCAAGAAGAGGGGCAGGUGAUGGUGCAGCAGGCUGGCCCUGGGUUGCUGUGGCUUGAGGAGGGGUCCCAGCAGAGCUUGCAGCAGUAUUUGGCCAUUAGUUUCCAGGAAGAGCUGUACUCCCUGCAAGAGACGGAGGUGUUGCAGCUUCACCUUGUAGAGGAUAAUGUGAUGGCCAGUGAAGAGAGUAAGUUAGCGGCGAGCCUGGCUGAAAGUGCUGGACUGACUAAGCUCCAGGAAAGGCAGGAGAAGGAGCAGUUAUUGCCUGAAAGAAGAUUGGCUAAAAGAACAGAGGAGCAAUUCUUACAUUUGGAAGUGAUGCCAGGAGACAAAGGAAGUGAUGAAAUCUCUCUGAAAACUUCAAAUUUAAACAUGGAAGAACAAGAGGAUCCACCUCUAGCUGUUCCAGCAAAUGUUGAAAAGGCCAAAUCUGCAAAAAAUCAAAGUCAGGCAAAGGGAGCAAAACGAACCUUCUGCUGUGAUGUCUGCAUGUUCACCUCUUCUAGAAUGUCAAGUUUUCAUCGUCACAUGAAAACUCACACCAAUGAGAAGGCUCACCUGUGUCACCUCUGCCUGAAAACCUUCGGCACAGUCACUCUGCUACGGAACCAUGUCAAUACCCACACAGGAACCAGGCCCUAUAAGUGCAGCGACUGCAACAUGGCAUUUGUCACCAGUGGAGAACUUGUCCGACACAGACGCUAUAAGCAUACUCAUGAGAAACCCUUUAAAUGCUCCAUGUGCAAGUAUGCCAGUGUAGAGGCAAGUAAACUGAAGCGCCAUGUUCGAUCCCACACGGGGGAGCGCCCCUUCCAGUGUUGCCAGUGCAGCUAUGCCAGCAGAGAUACCUACAAACUGAAACGCCACAUGAGAACGCACUCAGGUGAGAAGCCUUAUGAAUGCCACGUCUGCCACGCCCGCUUCACCCAAAGUGGGACCAUGAAAAUGCAUACUCAGCAGAAACACAGCGAAAAUGUCCCCAAACACCAGUGUCCCCAUUGUGCCACCAUCAUUGCACGGAAAAGCGACCUACGUGUCCAUAUCCGCAACUUGCAUACUCAUAGUGCUGCAGAGCUGAAAUGCCGCUACUGUUCUGCUGUCUUCCAUGAACGCUUUGCCCUCAUUCAGCACCAGAAAACUCAUAAAAAUGAGAAGAGGUUCAAGUGUGAACACUGCAGUUACGCCUGCAAGCAGGCACGUCAUAUGACUGCUCACAUUCGUACCCACACUGGAGAGAAACCGUUCACCUGCCUUUCCUGCAAUAAGUGUUUCCGACAGAAGCAACUUCUAAAGAUUCACUUCAGGAAAUACCACGAUGCCACUUUCAUCCCAGCUGUUUACAAAUGCCCCAAGUGCGACAAAGGCUUUUCCCGCUGUAGUAACAUGCGUAGACACUUGGAGAAGUGUGGCUCAGGGCAAGCGAAGGCAGCUGCUUCAGGAAAAGGAAGAAUCAGAAAGAGGAAGCAGCCUGUCCCGAAGGAGGCCUCGAGGAGAGACGAAGCUGCUGCUGAGGAGGCUUCCACCACGAAGGGAGAACCUUUCCCAGGGGAGACGCUGCCUGUCGCCUAUGGAGAAACCACAGCCAGAGUCAAAGAUGACAUGGAUGAAGUGACCUGUGAAAUGCUCCUCAACAUGCUGGAUAAGUGAGAGAGAUUCAGGCUGCCUGUUCACUGCCCCUAAUUUCUAAGGCAAUCUAUAGAAGUUUAGCAUUUACUUUGAAACAAUUAAGUUCAUGACAAUGAAUGAAUGCAAGUUUGAAGUAGUGCCUAGAAUUGUUUUCCUGUUUUUAGCUGGAUAUUUCAAAGAAACAUUGCAGGUGUUUUAUCAAAUCUUAAACCUUGAACGAGAGGGUAACACCUCAAACCUAUGAAUGUAUUCCUUGGUGUUGGCAAGGUGGUCCACAAUGAAUGAGGAAUAAUUUUUGGAUAAUAGUCACUUCAAAGUAGUCUAGAGCAGCUAGUGCUUCAACAGCCAGAGCCGGACAUUUUUAUGUUUUAUGGGUACACCCACGAUAUUUCUAAUAGUAUGAUUUUAAACGUUAAAGACGAAUUUUAUAUUUUUUAUACAAAUGAAUUUUCUACAAAAUUUAAAGCUACCAUAAUGCUUUUAAUUAGUUCUAAAUUCAAUCAAAAAAGUGUUUUAGUGUUAUAAAAAGUAAAAGUGAGUAGGGAAUGAAAAACUACCCUAGAAAGUAAGGAAUCAAUCUGUUUUACUUUGGUAUUGGUAGCAAGGUCCACCUUUAUAGUUUUGGAGUCUCUCUUAAUUAUGUUCCUUGGCAGGUAUGAAAUUGCCUGGUUACAUUCCAUUAUUGCUUAUUAGUAUUUCACUUCAUAAUGCUUUUUUCUUCUAAAACUACUUUUUUUAUAUUUUUAAAAUAAUUGGCAGAGUGAGAAGAAACAUAAAAAUCAGAUAAUGAAACUGUGAACCUGUAAGGAAUUUGCACUUUUUCAUAACAUCCAAUGAUUAGUGAGUAUUUCUCUUUUGCCAUUUGACAAGAUUUUUCCCACCCUCGAGCAGCAUGAGAGAUGCCCCUUUAGCACUUGAAAUCAGUAUCUACCUUUAUAUGGAGCCAGAUUUUUCUUCUUUGCUUAGUUCAGCAGUUUCUUUUGCUGCAAACCUCUCUCUACCCCUGUGUUUUAAGAUCAUUGAUAGGUCCUAAAUUCAAAUUCUUAAGAUAUGGAUCUGUUACUGAAAAUAUCACAAAUUCAGAAGCUCUAUACAAUGUGAAUAUGUGGAAAUAAUUUCCCAGCAGGAAGAGCAUUAUUCUCUUUGUACCAGCAAAUAAUUCAACUCAAUUCACGUAAGAUUUAAAUUCUGUGGGCUGUAGUAUGUCAUCAUUGUAACUGUUUGAAUUUUUGCAAUGGUUUAUUUUUUUACUGUUAUUUAAAGAUGUUUUACAUAAUUCAAUAAAAUGAAAUGACUUAAAAUUGC